AUGGCUUCUCUGUCUGCUGAAGAUAACGAAUGGGAAUGGGGGGUACAUAAUCAGUUCACCGAUACACCUCCUUCACAUUACGUGCUCAAACUCGAGUCUUUUUCACUCUUUUCUGCAAACGGAGUGGACCAUAUCACGUCAAACAGCUUUCAAGUUGGAGAUCACAAAUGGAAGAUUAAAUUGUUUCCAAAGGGAAAUAAUGAGGGCAAGGAUGAUCAUGUGUCUUUAUACCUUUUGUUGGAUAGCACCAGUAAACUACCCGCUGGUAAGGGCGUCAAGGCCAUUUUGAAGUUCUUUUUACUCGACCAAAUACGAGGAAAUUAUCUAGUUGUUCAAGGUAUACAUGUAUAUAUUUUUUGUUUCAAUUUUUUUCACAUUUGUACCAUGAAAGAUGUGGGAAACAAUAAUAUGAUGGUGAACUCUGGACUAUUAUUUGCAGGGGAAACAAGUCGUUUUGACCGCUUUAAAUGUGAAUGGGGUUUUGAUAAGUUCAUCUCUUUAGAAGAUUUUGAAGAGCCUACUAAUGGUUAUCUGGUUAAUGACACUUCGUUCUUUGGUGUUGAGGUUUUCAUAUGUGAUGGCUUACCUCUAGGUGAAUGUCACUCAAUUUCGAAAGUUGCUGAUAUAUCUGGUAAAUACAAGUGGGUGGUUACUCAAUUUUCAGGAUUGAAGGAGAAUCAUUAUUCUGAUGAGUUUAUUAUCGGAGGUUAUAAAUGGAAGCUUUGGCUAUGUCCUGAAGGCAAUGCAAAGUAUAAAGGUCACAGCCUUUCUAUAUUCCUGGUGUCUGUGGAUUCCGAAAGUUCUACGACUGAGCAUGAGGUGAAAGCAGAGUUUGAGCUGACACUUAAUGACCAGUUUAAACAGAAUCAUAUAAAGAAAAAAGGAAAUGAUUGA